AAUGUUUAUGUGCUCUGAAUGCUUGGAUUUUGUUAUGAGAAUUUAAGCGUGAGAUGUAAAGAUAGGGGUUGUACUUGUAUCUUGAGCUGUGCAGCUUUCGAUAAACAAGGAAAGAGACCGUAUUUUGUCCACGUGUUUGAGAGCAAGUGGCGCUAUUUUUUUGUCUUGGGUACUCAUACAAAAUGCUUCACCUAUACUAUGGUAGCCCAGCUAUUGAGGCUUUAGGUGGUGGACGCGGUUUUUCUCCAUUAGCGCAACGAGGCAGAACAGCAUCUCAUGGACAACAUUUGAAUUUAUUCCCAAACCUUGUAUUCAAGAGCAGCAAGAAGACAAAAAAGUUUGCUGAAAUCCGAGGAAGCUCGUUGGAUCUCCCUUUAAGUGAGGACAAUAGUUUGGUACGUAUUAACGUAAGUGGUAAAAUCUUCGACUUUUCUCGAGCAAUUUUGGAGAAAUACCCUGACAGCCUGCUCGCUAAACGUAGUCGCGCAGGAACGUACUAUGAUUUUGAUCGAAAGGACUACUUUUUCGACCGCAGUCGCAUCGCCUUCGACAGCAUUUAUCACUUUUAUCAGACCCAAGGACAAGUUGUAUUCCCUAAGGACUUUCCUGAACAACUCGUCAUGGACGAGUUUCAUUUCUUCGGUUUGUAUGACUACAUGGAUCCUAACGAAAAACAACAGUUUGUGCAACCAAGCGACAUAAUAAAAGAAGAAAUUGUACCAAAGUACGACUGGCAGCGAAAGAUGUGGCAGCUUAUAGACCACCCAGAAACGAACCUAGCCUCUAAAAUCAUCAGCAUUAUCUCUCUUCUCGUCAUAGCUUUGUCAAUUGUUAUCCUCUGCGUAGAAACGUUGCCCUCUGUGCGGAGUCGACGUAAGAGAGAAGGCACCGGAUUUUACAGAUCAGAAAUUUUCGUUCUCGAAAGCUUUUGCAUCAUAUACUUUACGAUUGAGAUUAUCUUACGAUUUAUUGCUUCACCAAUCAAAUCAAAAUUUUGGUUAAAAGUCCUGAACAUCAUCGACCUUCUAGCUAUUCUACCUUAUUAUAUUAUCCUUGGGUUGGAGAACGACUACAGCAAUAAGAGCAUCGUAGCUCUAAGAGUCUUCCGACUUGCCCGAGCUUUUCGGAUCUUAAAAGUGUCUAGAUAUGUAUCUGGUAUGAAAGUACUUGGUCAGACUCUACGGGAGGCCUUGAGCGACCUUUGGAUGAUAGCCUUCUUGACAGUGAUAGGGACUCUGCUUUUCGCUAGUUGUGUGUUUUACUUUGAACAAAUCUGGGAUCCGGGUACGAAGUUUGAAAGCAUCCCUUUAUCAUUCUGGUGGUCAAUUGUGACUAUAUCGACUGUUGGCUACGGAGAUAUGGCACCGAAGACUUUAGCUGGCAAACUUGUCGGUUCUACUUGCGCCAUGUCAGGAGUUCUUCUCAUUGCGCCAUUGCUUCCAAUCAUCUACGAACGAUGGCAGCGUUACUACCAGCUUGACCAAGACGGAAAACGCAUCAGAGCAGGACAUAAACUCUUGCGUGACCUGCAAAAAAAGCGAUGUCCACCAACUACUCUCGAAGACGCCGUAGAAUCAAAAAAGGACAACUCCGAAAAGCAAAAGAAGCGAGAAAGGAAAGCAUCUGAAACGAAAGAGAGAAAGAUAUCUGAGACGAAAGAAAGAUCUAAAAAGCCAUCGGUUUCUUCCAAGAGUGAAAAAGAUGGAGAAGCUGAAACGGAAGAACGAUCUGAUGAUGAUCCAGUAUGGAAACACAUUAAAAGGGCAAGUAUAAAACGGAGAGAGAGCAGUCAGAAUUUGUUGCGUAGUACAAGUGUUGACAACCAAAACCCUUCAAGCAGGGGAUCGUUAACAAGGAAAAAACAGGUUGAUGGAAAAUCCAGGAAAGGCAAGGACAUUGUAGCAAACCAUAGUCAAAGCACCGCGAUUAAACGUGAACACGAAAAGAUCCCCGAAAACAAGAAAGAUACCGAGGAACUUCAAAAUACUUCAGACAAACCUCGAGGGGACCCAGUAUUUCAUAUUUGUCCCAGUGAAGACGACGUUGAGCGAGAAAAACGAUGGGAUGAACCAGGUCCAAGUAAUGUCAAGUAUUAAACUUGAAAGUGGUGGCAAGAUUUACGCAGCAGUUUGUCGGCUAUUGGAGCAAGAAAUUUUGCGCCUGCGAUGCUAUGUUCAGUUGGCAUACUCGCCAUUUCUUGUCCCGUCGUCGUGUUUGUGAGAGCUACGUCAUUUGACGAACCUAACAAAUAUUACACAUUUUUGAGUUUCAUCAAUUGUUUAAUUCGUAAUUCGAAAACAGUGAAGGUGAAAAUUCAAUCUAAGAAAAUGAUUUUUAUUUAUUUAUUUAUUUAUUCAUUUCAUGUCAUUUCAUUUCCUCUCAUUUCAUCUCACCUAAUUUCCUCUUAUUUUAUUUUAUUUUGUAUUUAUUUAUUUUAAAAACAACAACUGGCAUGGACAUGUAUAACUGGAUUAACCGCACCAGGAUGCCCUGAAAAGUACAAAGUAGAUUCACAUUAACGAAAACCGAUUGAAGUAAUCAAGUGGCGAUGUAAUGGAGCUGACGAUGGGGAGUCUUUAACUCAAUAUCAUAUCCAAAUAACAUUGAAACUUUGAAGUUGCGAAAGGUUUUUCUAUCCGAGACUAUGGACAAUUCAAUUACACGAAAGUAUUUUAUCUAAAAUGAGAAAUAAGAAACGAAAGUCAUGAAAAAUAGAAAUAAAAAAAUAAAUUAACUUUGUUUAUAGAGGAUAACACAGUAGUUUUUCUGAUAAAUUUGUUGUCCUCUUUUAACGUCUCUAAUUAAUUAGGGACGGAACCCCUUAACGUGGUUAUCCGUGGUCAUCUAUUCAUGUAUGAAAAUUUUUUUAAGAUUCCUCCUACCUCAGAGCGACGUCUGUAAAAACGUUGUUGGAUAGUUUUUCAUAUAUAUUCAUUGAAGGCGAUUAGUUUGUAUGCUUUAGAAACAAGAUAUUUUUUAUCUAAGGACUGUUAAAGCGAAUUGUGAUUCGAUUUGAUGUAGAAAAAUUAAAUGAGCUUUUUCUGUAA